UUGUGUUUCUUUUCUUUGCCUUCCAGAUACUGGAUGGCUUCUCAUGUAAAUUUGACUCUGGCUAAAGAAACUUCGUUGGAAGAUGGAAUUCCCCCAGCAAAAAAGCCCAGGAAAUUAUUGCCAAGUCUAAAAACCAAACGGCCCCAGGAGCUGGUGCUGGUGAUUGGGACUGGCAUUAGUGCAGCUGUUGCGCCUCAAGUGCCAGCCCUGAAAUCGUGGAAAGGCCUCAUCCAGGCCUUGCUGGAUGCCGCUAUUGACUUUGACCUCCUUGAAGACGAGGAGCGGAAAAAGUUUCAGAAAUGCCUCUGCGAAGAUAAGAAUCUCAUCCAUGUCGCCCAUGACCUUAUUCAGAAAUUGUCACCACGCACAAGCAACGUCCGUUCCACAUUCUUCAAAGAUUGCCUGUAUGAGGUCUUCGAUGACCUGGAGUCCAAAAUGGAAGAUGCUGGGAAACAGCUGCUUCAGUCUGUGCUUUAUUUGAUGGAAAAUGGUGCUCUUGUGCUCACCACCAACUUUGAUAACCUGCUGGAAAUAUAUGCUGCAGACCAAGGGAAGCAGCUUGAAUCUCUUGACCUCACAGAUGAGAAAAAGGUUCUGGAGUGGGCCCAGGAGAAAAGGAAGCUUAGUGUUCUACAUAUCCAUGGAGUGUACACAAACCCGAGUGGAAUAGUUCUGCAUCCUGCUGGCUACCAGAACGUUUUACGUAACACAGAAGUUAUGCGGGAGAUCCAGAAGCUGUAUGAAACAAAAUCAUUCUUGUUUCUGGGUUGUGGUUGGACUGUGGACGAUACCACAUUUCAAGCCCUCUUCCUAGAAGCUGUGAAGCACAAAUCCGACUUGGAGCACUUUAUGCUUGUGCGCCGAGGGGACGUGGAUGAGUUCAAGAAGCUCCGAGAAAACAUGCUGGACAAAGGGAUUAAAGUGAUUUCCUACGGGAAUGAAUAUGCAGACUUGCCUGAAUAUUUUGAGAGGCUUACAGAAGAGAUCUCCAGCCGGGGUCGAGCAGGUCUGCCUCGAGAAGGACAGCUAAAUGGCACAGCUGGAACACAUGCGGAAGUGAAAGUUUUAAGGGCAGGAUCCACGUCACCCACCCAGACGACAGAAGACGCUGAACUCUGUUCUGGAUACAGCCCCCAAGUGUGCACAGGCCUCCAUCAGAGCAGCCCCCUGGGUUCUACAAGCUAAUCCGUAUACUGACAACCAAAAGCAAGAUACUGUCAGCUCUUAGUAAGGUAGGCGACUCUCCAGAUGGCAAAAUGAAGCAUUACUGUCUCCACAACUUGUUCUUGAUGUGCCUGAGGUCUGUCUACUGCCCCGACGUGUGAAACUUUAAAACUCCUUGACUUGACACAACCUUCCUUGGACCCUCCUGACUUGGGCACGAAAACUUGUCUGCAUCAAUGCAAUGUCUUUUUCUAUUGAACGUUGUCUCUGCUGGGAGAUUUGGUUGUUCUCCUUGGGCAAGAGUUUGCUACUAGUGCUUUUUGUAUUCUGUAACUGUUUUGACUGAAACAUGACGUUUUUAAAUGACUUGAAGCUCUAGUUUUCUAGUCCUUCCUUUAUACACUGUUUUAUAUGUCUGAAGCUGUAAUAAAAAAGCUGUUCAUUUG